AUGGGUGCUUCUUCUUGGGUUGUGAUUUUCUUAUUGAGCGUAUACGUAGCUCUUUUGGACUCAUGCUUUGGUGCAGAGGUUAGUUAUGAUGCAAAUGCUCUCAUUAUUAAUGGAGAAAGACGUCUCAUAUUUUCUGGUGCAGUCCAUUAUCCACGAAGCACAGUGGAGAUGUGGCCUGACAUUAUUCAAAAGGCUAAGGAUGGAGGUCUUGAUGCUAUUGAGACUUACGUGUUUUGGGAUCGUCAUGAACCUGUUCGGCGUCAGUAUGAUUUCUCAGGAAAUUUGGAUUUUGUCAAAUUUUUCAAGCAAAUCCAAGAGGCUGGUUUGUAUGCCAUUUUGAGGAUUGGUCCUUAUGUUUGUGCGGAAUGGAACUAUGGAGGCUAUCCAUUGUGGUUGCACAACAUGCCAGGGAUUGAGCUGAGAACAGAUAACCCAAUUUACAAGAACGAAAUGCAAGUUUUUACUACAAAGAUUGUGAACAUGGCCAAAGAAGCAAAGUUGUUUGCAUCACAAGGAGGACCCAUUAUUCUUGCUCAAAUUGAGAAUGAAUAUGGAGACAUCAUGUGGGGUUAUGGAGACGCAGGGAAGACAUAUAUCAAAUGGUGUGCACAAAUGGCUCUAGCUCAAAAUAUUGGUGUCCCGUGGAUUAUGUGUCAGCAAAAAGAUGCUCCCCAGCCUAUCAUCAAUACUUGCAACGGUUACUAUUGUGACUGGUUUCAACCUAAUAACCCCAAAAGUCCUAAAAUGUUCACGGAAAAUUGGAUUGGAUGGUUCCAAAAAUGGGGUGAAAGGGCUCCCCAUAGAAGUGCUGAAGAUUCGGCUUACUCAGUUGCACGCUUUUUCCAGAGCGGUGGAGUACUCAAUAAUUACUACAUGUACCACGGAGGAACAAACUUUGGUCGCACAUCCGGAGGCCCAUAUAUCACAACUUCUUAUGACUAUGAUGCACCGAUUGAUGAGUAUGGGAAUUUGAAUCAACCUAAAUGGGGACAUCUUAAGCGGCUUCAUGCAGCAAUAAAAUUAGGGGAAAAAAUCCUCACCAACGGAACAAGGACUGAUAAGGAUUUUGGCAAUCAAGUCACACUAACAACAUACACCACCACCAAUGCCACAGGGGCAAGAUUUUGUUUCUUAAGCAAUUCAAAUGCUAAAGAUGAUGCAAAUGUUGACUUACAACAAAAUGGAAAAUACUUUGUACCCGCUUGGUCCGUGAGCAUUCUUGAUGGUUGCAACAAAGAAGUUUACAAUACCGCAAAGGUUAAUAGUCAAACCUCAGUGAUGGUGAAGAAGAACGAUGAUGCUUUUGCUAGGCUCACUUGGGCAUGGACACCGGAGGCAAAGAAAGACACCAUGCAUGGAAAGGGUAAUCUCAAAGCACACCAACUUCUCGAGCAGAAGGAACUAAGUUUGGAUGCGAGUGACUACUUGUGGUACAUGACUAGUGUCGAUGUCAACGAUACUUCCAUUUGGAGCAAUGCAACUCUUCGCGUGGACACUAUGGGCCAUACUCUUCAUGGUUAUGUUAAUAGGAGGUAUGCAGGAUACCAAUUUAGCCAAUGGGGAAACAAAUUCACAUAUGAGAAACAUGUUUCUUUGAAGAAAGGAACAAACAUCAUAACUUUGCUUAGUGCCACUGUUGGGCUUCCAAAUUAUGGCGUAGGUUUUGAUAAGAUAAAGACAGGUAUUGCAGGUGGUCCUGUUCAAUUAAUUGCAAAGAAUGUGACUAUGGAUUUGUCAACCAAUCUUUGGUCUUACAAGGUUGGUUUGACUGGUGAGAGAAAACGUUUGUACGAUUUGCAACCACGUACUGGUGUAUCAUGGAACACUAAUUCGUCGUAUCCUGUUGGGAAACCAAUGACUUGGUAUAAGGCAGAUUUCAAUGCUCCUUCAGGAACAAAUCCUGUGGUGGUGGACUUGCAAGGUUUGGGUAAAGGACAUGCUUGGGUGAAUGGGCACAGCAUUGGUCGUUAUUGGCCUUCUUGGAUUACUGCUAACAAUGGAUGUAGUGACACGUGUGACUACCGCGGGAAAUAUGUCAAGGAAAAAUGCAACACGAAUUGUGGGAAUCCAUCACAGAGGUGGUACCAUGUGCCACGCUCAUUCUUGAACAAUGACAAUAACACAUUGGUCUUGUUUGAAGAAAUUGGUGGAAAUCCUCUAAACGUUUCAUUUCAAACAGUAACAGCAGGAACCAUUUGUGCUAAUGUCUAUGAAGGUGAAGACUUUGAGCUUUCAUGCCAAGGUGGACAAGUAAUUUCAGAAAUCCAAUUUGCUAGCUUUGGAAGCCCAAAAGGUAAGUGUGGUUCUUUCCAGAAAGGCUCUUGGGAAGCUACUGAUAGUCAAUCUGUGGUGGAAGCCGCUUGCAUUGGAAAACAGACUUGUGCCUUUAAAGUCACUAAAGAUGCAUUUGGUGUAACGUAUGGUCUUAUGAGAGAUAAUGAUAGCGGUGUAGCUAGACUUGCGGUGCAAGCAGCAUGUUAA